AUCUCUUUAUCAAGUACCUCAAGCAUCCCAAGCAUGCCUUCGUGGAAGUCCUUUCUCAGCUCCAUGAAAUUUCAUGACGCGUAUUUCGAUAGCAUUACGGACCCGCGGAAUAUCGCGCCCAAAUGCUUUUUCGAAGCCCUACACGUUGCCUCCUCUGGUCGAGAGACAGCUGAAAAGGAAUGGGUGUCUAUCAUGCGUCGAUUAGCGGAGAGCCGUAUCCCAGUGCUGGUGGAGACGGGAACGAGACUUCAGAAGGAAUGGACGCUGACAAAGACUUCACUCGAUCUAUUCUGGAAUGAGAGAGCAGCAAAGGAGGAGCGCCAGAGAUUAAAGAUCUCGAACCUCAAGUAUGGCGUAUCCAUGCAUUCGCAAACACAACAAGAUGUUAUUAAUGUUCUAGAGUCUGAAGACAAUGAUAAAACUGUAAUACGUUCAGAAGAGAGACGGGACAAGCACCAGCUUUUAGGUACCACCACAAGCGAAGAGCGACAACGGCAGGGAUAUUCCACAGAAACGUUCGUAUCGGAUACGCAAAAGAUCGACGAAUACGAAAUCGUCAGCCUUCAAAGGACCCUAGACAAUGGUGGCCAUGGAAUGGAUCACUUCCGUCGUCUGAACCAGCGAACGACCUGGAGAAGCGGAGAUGUGGACUUGCUAGCGAAGUUCGAGCAAUUUGCAGAGGAGCAGCGGAAGCAGGGGAAGAAGUUUUCCUUGAGCAAGGAUCACAUUGCCGAUAUGACUGACGAUGGGGAGUUUUUGAGGCGCCUAUCGGACGAGGAAGUUGAGCUCGCACUUGCUGACAUCCCCGACAUCGUAUUUGACGACGUGAUCGACAAGCCGCUUGCAGCAACUCUCGGUAGUGGCGAGGAAACCUUUAUGGACAUGCACAGGACAGUUCGUGGACUCGACCAUAAGGACGACUUGGUAUAUUACAUUUCUCAGGUCUUCACGGGGAUGGCACGACAUUUCCGCUGCAGUCGCCUCCAUGCGAUUCCGAACGAGACGCAGUAUUUCGAUGAUCUUGUUCUUCCUGCAUUUGAGGGUGCAUUUGCCCUGGAGGAUUUGGCAGUGAGGCGAUUUGAGGUGCCGAUCUAUGGGUGCAGCGAACGUAAAAAUGCAGGAAAGGACUUACUCACAGAGCGUGAAGCCCAGGGUCACAGAGCAGACGCCAUUGUCGAAACGGUAGAUGCGCUGCAACUGGUUACUGUUGAGACGUCUAAGAUGUCGGGGGCGACAGGUGAGAAGAAGGCGAAGGAUCACUACAAGUUGGCUAGGGAUAUGCGUGACACCUGGACCUACAUCAUGAAGAAGAAGAUCAAAGACGGCAAGCAACCACAGCCCCUUACCGUUUUUGGGUUGCAAGUUUAUGAGUCGGAAAUGACAUUUUUAGGGAUGGAUUUCUGUGGCUGCUUCCGUCUGCAUGAGCUAGCCUGCGUCAGGGUUCCGAACUCACAUGUCAUCAUACGGAACCACUUGAGCCGCUUGUUGAAAACCUGCAUUGGCUUCGCGAGACUCGCGAAGGCGCAUCAUCAGCAGCUCUUGGAGUGGAGGGAUUCUAAUGUGAAGGAACAAAGAGCGUAUGGUUUGGCCGUGCGUAACAUCAAGGAUACUACCGCCACCCCGUCCAAAGCAACCAAAGGAGGAAAACGGAAACACCAGGAUGAUGACGACGACGACUAGCCUGAAUGAUUCUCUGCCCACACAGCUAACCUGCUUGCAGAAUAUCACAAGGCAUCAAGUAUAGUUCGCCAGAGUCGGAGAAAUGUGCUCGCAGAAUAAUGCUCACCUGUGUUUCUUUGAGUGACCAGACCAUGUUAGAUGUCAAUUCACCGUCAUCUAUGACUUUUUUUACGCGUAUAAUAUAUAAAAAAAACUAUAAUAAAGAAUUAUAAUAAAAAAGAA